AUGGCUGAAGGAGAAAUCAAACUGGAGUUCAAGGACAAAAAUGCAAGAGAGGACUUGAAGGAGUUUGCGCAGGAGUGCGUCAACAAGUUUAAGAGUGAAACGGUGCCACAGAAAGCCAAUGCCCUGAAAACCAAAUUUGAUAACCAGUUUGGAAAGGGUUGGAAUGUGUGGAUUGGACAGCACCUUUCAGGCUCAUGUUCGUGCAUAGCCAACACAAUGCUAGAAUUCAGUGAUGGAACCAUCAAUUUCAUAAUAUAUCAGACAUAUGUUGGAUGA